AUGUCAUCAUUCACGACCAAAACCCCAUUAAGAGGAUCGAAAAAACUUCUCCGUCCUUUAUCUUACCGUUACAUCAAUUACACCGAGAUGUUCCCGCCAAAUAUUAAACAAUUGAUAUCAGAUACUUUCAAUGAUGUUAUUGAUCCCUCUAGUUCCAGUGAUGUCAUUGUUUCUUCUAGUUCCAGUGACGUUAUUGUUCCCUCUGUCAUUCCUCCAAUAAAACGAGAUCCCAUAUCCGAAAUAGUCCAGAACGAACAGCGCGAUGUGAGGAUCGAAGUCGGAGAAGGUGAAAAUGCAAGGACUUUUAUGGUGCACUCAAUGGUGUUGAUGCACAAGGCCGAGUAUUUUGAAAAAGCUUUCAGUAAUCCAUGGGUAAGGAUUGAAGAUGGGGUUAAGGUGUUCAAAAAGGGAUUUAUUCCUCCUGCCGCGUUUGAGGUUAUUAUUGAAUACUUUUACAGGAACAAGAUUUCUCCAAACAACCUCUCGUCUGAAGCUACCUUGACCCUUCUUCUAUCAGCUGACGAGAUGUGUCUACCAAUCUUGCAUGAAAUUCAAGUCUGUCUCAUCAAGCUUCAUAGUGACUAUUUGCAUUCGCGAUUCGCAUACAUAUAUUCAUUCUCUCGAGAUCGAGAAGAAUUUGCCUUAAUCCAGGAAUAUUGUCAUCGAACGAUCAAAGUAACGCCAGAAGUCGUGUUUACGAGUAGUGAUUUCAUGGAUGCCGAGGAAGACGCCAUUAUCGAAGCGUUGAACACUCGGAAUUAUGUUCUUGAUGAAGGAAAGGUUUGGGACAUGGUUCUAGAUUGGGGUAUUAACCAAAUGUUAGCAACCAUGGAAGAUGAAGACAACGAAGAAGAGGGGGGUGAUGAUAUUAAUACAGAACACACUACUUCUAAUACUGCCGAUACGUUCUCACCCCGAUACCAAAUACGGCACUGGACAUUGCGUCAUUUUUCUGCACUAUCCUCGAUACUCUCUCGCAUUCUUCCCCACUUCCGUUACGGUGAAUUUUCUAAAAAGGAAUUCAUGUCCAAAGUAUAUCCUUUCAAACAAAUAUUCCCUUAUUCCAUGAUUCAAGACAUUCUAGGGAACUAUAAAUAUCCUCAGUAUAUUCCGCGGAUGCCGAGCGCGCGUCCACGAUUUCUUUUGAGCGAUAUGCACUUGUCGUGGUUGAGCCACACUAUUUCCGGUGAGAUGGGACUAGAUCAAGCACAGUUGGAUUCGUAUAGGACAUAUCCCAGACAAGCAAGGCAUCAUUUCCGAUUACUACUUCGUGGUACAAGGGACGGAUUCUCUUCAAUGACGUUUCAUUAUCGAUGUGACGAACGAGGGCCAACUGUUACAUUAAUAAAACCGUAUGGUACAAACGACAUCAUUGGUGGAUAUGUUUCAGUUUCUUGGUUAUCCGACUGUAAAUAUCAUGCGGCCGAUUCCUCUUUCUUGUUUAGCAUAAAAAACGAAAGGCUGAUACUCUCAAGAAAUAAACAGCGUGAAAGGGUAAUGUGGGCAAGUUUGACUUGUGGUCCGUCGUUUGGCGACGAAGAGUUGCUUUUAUGGCGCGAUAAGUCUACACAGGCAUUUGCAAAGUGUAGUAAUAAGAAUACGGUGUUUGAAAAGAGUAUUGGGAUACAGGGUGUCUUUGCAGUCGAGGAGUAUGAAGUUUUGAGUCUUUCCAAAGUGUGGUAA